GGUCCGGGAGGAGGCGCAUGGCUGGGGCGCUUCUCGCUCUGCCAGCAGUCGUGAUCGCUCUUGUCGCCGGCCUUGCGCUUCUGUACUUCCUGGGAGAGAGAGCGCUCUUUAGCUCGAUCCAGUUCUCCGUGCUUAUCUUCUUCGUCACCUUCCUCUCGCUGCUGUGGGAGUCCUACCGAUCCAUCGCUGCAGGGGCUGCUGCCUCCCUCUUUCUCUCCUUGCUCUCUCACUCCAUCGGGAUCUGGAGGGCGACAGGGCUCGUCAUCCUCUGCUUAGCCGCCCUCGCUUUCCUCCUGCCGAUUUACCGCCUGCUCCCAACAAGCCCAAAGAACUGAAGGGGCGAUCGCAUACACGACAAGUACAGGAUGAAAAGCUCCCCCUUCCCGAUGCUCCUCCUCUUCUCAUGCUCCCUAUCUCCUUCCUCCACCUUCAACCUCCUGGCAGGCACAUCUCGCCUUGCCCACCUGCGUGCCGCAUCAUGCCCGCCCUCCUCGUUUGUGUCCAGCUGGCAAGCUGCUGAGGUCGUUCGUCGUCGAGGCAGACAUGGCUCCGUCGAACGAACGGGGUGCCGAGGUCUCGCCGCCUCGAGCGAGGAGGCUCCGAAGAGGAACUUCCUUCGUUUCAAGCUGAAGCGAUACGAGCAGAACCUCUCGGAUGAGCAUGAGGAGCUGACCAGGGAGUUGAGCGCACCCAAGACAUUCAACACUGCCAUGCACCUCAACGGAAGUGUUGCUGCCCUCGCCGUCCUGCCGCUGGACUCGUCUGAUGGGAGGAAAGUCGUUCUCGCUUCGGGGGCUCAUGACGGGACACUCCGGCUAUGGCAGCUGAACGUGACUGAGGGAAUUGAAGCGUACGGGAGGUACAGCGACCCUCCUCCUAAACUCCUGCCCUACGGGACGGUCACCAUGUCCGCCGACGACAGGAGCAUUUUCUCCCUGCAGUGCGUCGGGCGUGAGCUCUGGGUGGGAAGGGGCAAAUCGAGGAAAGCAGAGUGCUGGGAGUAUGACAAGGGCAAACUGAAGGCCAGGCUCACGGAAGGAGGUGAUGGAAAAGUUGAAUCGAACGAGGUGGCAGGAGACGGCCUGAGGAAGAAAUACGACAUGCCGGACCACACGGGAUGGGUGCGAGCGAUAGCAUGCUGCGGGGACCUCGUCUUCACGUGCGGCUGCAACUUCGUCAAGGUCUGGAGGCACAAGGGGGAAGAGGUGGAGCAUGUGGGGGACCUCGAGUCAGACGCGGAUAUCCUAAGCCUCUCCUGCUCUUCGCACUUGCUCUUUAGCGGGGACAUCAGGGGCAGGCUCAUGGUGUGGAACGUUCAGUCCCUUCUGCAGGGAGGGGACGAGGUGCAGUUGAUAAAGCCCAGCAUCGUGCAGGCGCAUGACGGCCGCAUCACCGGCAUGAAGUGGUCGCCGAGGGAGGAAGGAGAGUUGGAGGACGUGCUCUUCACAUGCAGUCAUGAUGGUUUCCUCAAGUGCUGGAAGCCUUGCUCAGAGGGAACAGGUAAAGUAAUCGAGGGCAACUUGAACAGACUUAGCGGGCACUACCUCUACAUGGGCACGUCAGGUGGGAGCGUCUUGGUUUACGAUCGUCAACUGCAUCACGGAGCAUUGAAGAUGGUUCAGUUCUCCCCUAAGAUGAUAGACCUGGUCGGAGGAGGGAAGAUCUCUUCCAUGCUCGCCAUACCCUGGCCCAAUGGACCGGGCAAGAUCCUCUUCCUCGGCACAGAUACGGGGAAGAUUCUCCCAUGGAACCCGGUCCAUUGA